AUGUCAAUUCAAGGCGUGAUGAAUGCGAUUCGCGAUUUCCAAAGGGCCGAAUACGAAGCCGUCCGCGAUUUAUUUCUGAAAAUGGAAGAGAUACCGACCGUUCUGCGAGCGGUGGAUCCUUUAGAGGAAGAUGCGUCCAACUGGGUGUUAUGGCUUGACACCACGGAAGAUGCCAUUGAGUGGCUAACCGGGGUGGAGGAUUAUCUGGAUAUCACUCGGCCAAUAGUUGCAUCAGCGGUGAACUUAGUCAUAGACCGCUUGGCCCUCGAUGUGAUUCGUCGCACAAUUCAUCCUGAUCAUGAAACAAUCAUAUGUGAUGCUAGCAAGGCGCGUGCCGCAAUCACUUGCCUGCGUCGUCACUUUGAUCCUUAUGCGACGGGACGUUUGGAACGAGGCGAAGGCAGAUUCACUGGUUAA